UCACCCUCAUUUACCACUGCAAGAUUCUGUGACCGGAGACCCAACGUUUUCCUCUCCAUAAGGCAGGUAUCGCCGGUCAUUUUUCUUGCUAAUCAAAUUUAAAAACUUGCCGCUGAUGUGCCAAAAGUACCCUGACAUUUUUCUUAAUUUUGUCGGCGGCACUCACGUAUUUUGUGGGCUAGAACAAGGGUAGAAAUGUCAUUUUGGGGGAAGCCUUUCCAGAAUAGCACAAAAAGAGCACUGGCUACUUGAAACAACCCCGUUUCGUCAGCCCCAGCCGGCGUACGGACACCUGGGUUGGCUGUCGGGAGACAUAUAUUUAAAACCCCGAUUCUGUAAUUAAUGUUGUUGCCUUCUUUGUUAAUUUUCUAGGGUUUUAAAUUUCGAUUUCGACCGUGUUGUUGUUGUUGUUGUUUGGGGCUGAAUUAGCUCGAUUCUGCAAUUCUCAAUGCAAUUCGCCUGAAUCGAAGCCCUAAUUUCGUUCUUCGAUCUGAUUUCUGAUGGCGGAUCAAGAGGAGGAGGACCUGCGGAUGGCGCUGCGGAUGAGUAUGCAGCAGUGGCCGCCGGAGCCGAAGCGGAGCAAGCCGAGGGAGAGCGGGGGGGCUCCCACCGGGUCGCCGGAUGAUUCGCCGGAGGCAAAGAGUAGGCGGUUGCAGAGGGAGCUUAUGGCUGCCGCGGCGGAGAAGCGACUGAUGAUGUCUGGGAAGCCCGCGUCUCCGGCGCGGAGAAAUGUGGCAUUUCCAAAGGAAGAAAAGGAUGGGGUUGCCGGAGGUGCGGGAGGUGAUGGGCGGAAGGAGGUGAGUUGUGGAAUGGAGCUAUCCGAUGCCGAUGUAAAUCAGUUGUUCUCUAUGGUCUUUGGUAAUGAUGUUUCGAAGGGGAUUCUCGCGCAGUGGUGUAAUCAGGGAAUUAGGUUUAGCCCUGAUCCAGAAACAUUUAUGGGCCUAGUACAACAUGAAGGCGGGCCAUGUGGUGUCUUAGCUGCCAUACAAGCCUUUGUUCUGAAGUACCUUAUUUUCUUUCCGGAUGAUUUAGGAAAAGUUGAACCAAACAUGCCAGAAAAUGUAGAUUCAAGGAGAUUUUCUAAAAGUGAAUCUGUUACAUCGAAUAUGUUUUCUUCUCUUACCGAAGAUGGAAAAGCAAGAGCCUUGGUCAGGAGCAUGGGUGAGAUACUGUUUUUAUGUGGAAGUAAUAAAAGGGCUGUGAUUGCAACCUUGAGCAUUCUCGUGCAUGAUGCUGAGGGGUCUGACAGUCUAAAGGAUGAUAUCAUGACAAAAGCACUUGAAGGUGUUUCUAUAGAAUCAGCUUCUGAUUUGCAGACAAUUUUAAGAGUUAAUACCUAUACUUCAAUUGCAAAUGCAUACAAGAGGCUCGAAGCGAUGAUUCCUGUUUUCCAAAGUCGUAUGGGGGCACUGCUAUUCCUUAUUUCUGCUUUACUCUCUCGAGGAUUGGACUCCAUUCAAGCUGACAGAGACGAUCCGAACCCACCUCUAGUGACUGCUCCAUUUGGCCAUGCCUCACAGGAAAUUGUAAACUUACUGCUAUGCGGGCAGGCUGUCCCUAAUGUGUUUGAUGGAAGGAUGGAUUUAGGUGGGGGCAUGUCUUUGAAGGGAAUAUCCACAUGUGUGGAAGUUGGAUUCCUUACUUUGCUAGAAUCCCUGAAUUUCUGUAAGGUUGGGCAGUUUCUGAAAUGCCCAAAAUGGCCAAUAUGGGUUGUUGGGAGUGAGUCUCAUUAUACAGUCCUAUUUGCUCUUGAUACCACUGUUCAAGAUGAGAAUGAACUGGAAGAAAGAGAGUCACAGAUCAGGAAGGCAUUUGAUGCGCAAGAUCAGAGUGGAGGAGGUGGCUUCAUCAGUGUGGAAGGGUUCCAUCAAGUCCUCAGAGAAACAGGCAUUGACCUUCCACCUGAGAAGCUAGAUCACCUCUGUGGGGCUGGGUUUAUUGUAUGGAGUGAGUUCUGGCAGGUUCUUCUGGAUUUAGACAAGAGAUUUGGAGGCUUAAAAGAUCCUACUGGAUCAAUGGGUAAGAAGGUCUUUGAUCUUUACCAUUUUAAUGGGAUUGCAAAAUCGGUCUUGAAUGGGAGUCCAGCAGCUUCAGGAAGUGAGAUGCCAAUUCAAAGACCUAGACUUACAAAAUUGAGGGUUUCAGUUCCCCCAAGAUGGACUCCUGAGGAGUUUAUGGCAGAUGUUGUAUUGCCCUCUGCUUCAGGUGGGAAUGACCCAAGUGCAAAAGAAACGGUUAUUGAAGUGGCUAAACCAGAGCCUGCUCAACAUGCACCAUUGGUGGACUGCAUUAGAACGCGCUGGCCAAGGGCUGUUUGCAACUGGGUGGGGGAUCCCCCUAGCAUAGUCUGAAUGGUUUAUUAUUUUUAUUCGGGAUCCUUUUAAAGUGCGGUGUGGUUUGAACUCAGAGAGCACAGUGACGGUGGCCCCUUGAUUUUAGUUAAAAAAAACUUGGGGCACAGGACAAAGAGAAUGUUUCUUUCAUUCAAAGUUGAUGAUGAUAAACUAUCAGGCACAGGAAAGAGUUUGUUUUUAGUAUUUCGUCAGGUCCCCAAUAUAUGCUUCUCUCCAUUUAUGCUGUUAUUGUUGUGACAUUCUAAUUCGAUUUUGAUGUCAGAAAAGGGAGGGAAGGAUUCCGUGAUAAUUUAUUGCCCCACCCAAUCUGUAAAAUUUAUUCUAACUUUCAGGCACAGCACCCUCGUUGAUUAGGAAUAUGUUCUUUCUAUCUCUUAGGGAGGUCAUCAAUAAAACAUAAUAUCUGUGUUGUUGCUGCCGA